AUGGAGCUCCGAGUUCUCGUCCUCCUCCUCACGAGUCUGCUCAUCCAGACUGCGUCCGCACAGUUCGGCUUCUUCGACCAGAUGUUCGGCGGCCAGCAGCAGCAGCAACACCACCACCAGCAGCAGAACGUCCGCAGCGAUGCGAGCUGGUACCAGGCGCAGUAUGAGAACGCACACUGCGACAAGUACCUCUGCCCGGGCACCCUUUCGUGUGUGCACUUCCCGCACCACUGUCCCUGCGCAUGGGAAAGCGUCGAGGAUAAAGUCGAGCUGGGAGAGGGCGUUGCGGUGUGUGCGAGCAAAGGGGGGUACAAAGAGGGCGAGACGCUGCGGAAGAUUGAGCUUGCGAGGAAGGGGCUGCUUUGA